AAUCUCCGUUCUUAAUAUAUUUGCUUCGUAAUCUCCGCAUGAAACAGUUUCUCACUUCCUUUCCUUCUGAGCAGCUAGAAGACACUAUUGCACUUGCCUGAGGGUCUCAAGACAGUGGGAGAGUGUUUAAGGGAAGAAAAAUCGUGGAACUAUAAUUAUAAAGAAACAGUACAAUGCCCUUUGGGAUGAGUAAACACGACAGCAGAGUCACUGCCAAGUACACCCUUAAAGAAGAGCUGGGAAAGGGCGCCUUCUCAAUAGUGUACAAGGCUAGAGAGAAGUCCAGCAGCAAGGAAUAUGCUAUCAAGGUCAUUCGUAAGGAUGCUCUCAAGGGGAAGGAGGAGGCACUACAAAUGGAGAUCGAUGUACUGCGAAAAGUAAAACACACAAACAUUGUGUAUCUGAUGGAGGUCUUUGACAGCAAGUCGAAACUUUAUCUGGUCAUGGAAUUAGUGACUGGUGGAGAGUUGUUUGACAGAAUCAUUGCCAAGGGGAGCUAUACUGAGAGUGAUGCUAGCAGCCUGAUUGGACAGGUCCUGGACGCUAUAGACUACCUCCACUCCCAGGGCAUUGUGCACAGGGACCUCAAGCCUGAGAACCUACUCUAUUACAGCCCUGAUGAUGACUCCAAGAUAAUGAUCAGUGACUUUGGUCUCUCCAAGAUGGCAGAUGACAGUGACAUUGACCAGCUGGGCACGGCGUGUGGCACUCCAGGCUAUGUGGCACCAGAAGUGCUUCGUAGGAGGCCCUACGGAAAGGCUGUCGACUGCUGGUCUAUCGGUGUCAUUGCUUACAUCUUAUUGUGUGGGUACCCUCCAUUCUAUCACGAGAAUGAUGCGGAGCUGUUUCAGCAGAUCAUGAGAGGCGACUACGAGUUUGACUCUCCUUACUGGGACGAUAUCUCCUCCUCAGCUAAAGAUUUCAUCAAGCAUCUUAUGGAGAUUGACGCUCAGAAUAGAUACACUUGUCGCCAAGCCAUUGAGCACCCUUGGAUAUCUGGUGGUGUUGCUCCCACAAAGAAUAUCCAUGGAUCUGUUAGUGAGCAAAUUAAGAAGAAUGCAGCCAAACUCAAAUGGAAGAAAGUUGCAAUUGCUGCUCGUGCCAUUCAGAUGAUGCAGCUGGGUCCCAAAUCCACAGAGGAAGCCGCCGCCCCCUAGCUCUGCUCAACUCUGUGUAGUUUUUAUUGAGACUAGCAGCCAUAAUUGUACGUAUAUCUAUGGGGCUAUUUUUCUGCUGUGCACUAUAAUAUACCUAUGUAGUUCUUAAUUUUAUACAUGCAUGAUAAUCAAAGCACUAUUAUAAAAUAGCUAAGUUUUGUUUUGUCUCAUAGACAUUCUUUUCCCCCAUCUUUCGGUCUGUAAUUUUUGUCAUUGAGUAAUAACAUUCUUAAUGGUCUAUAUGUCCUUCAUUAAACGUGA